CGGGGGGACGAGCGGCACCUGGAGUUCCGGGACCGGGCAUGCGCACUCGGACCCGCGCCCACCUGAACGUCCACACCUGUUUCCAACGAGGCGGAAGUUUGUGCCGAAAGUUGGUGGAGCGAUCGCUGUCGCUCGGGAUAGAUCAAUGCAGCCGUGACCGAGGAGCUGCCCAGAGCGGCCGCAGAGUUCGCCCUCCGUUACCGGCUUUCCUGCGGCUGAUCCCGGGAACUCCAGUGCUCGGCGUACUUUCUGAUUCUAAAUCCGAUUACCGAGAGAGCGAGACCGGACUCGGGUAUGCGGCAUCGCCGGGAUUCAGCACAUGAGAUUUUAAGAUUUUAAUACUUCAUGAGUAUUUUUGUGGUCUCUUCGCUCCAGGAAGCUGGAUAUUCAUCUGAAAUUGGAGGCUACAUUUCUGGAGUGAAUUUUAAAAGUAAAGAUGCCUGCCAUUCAAAGGCUUUUAAGACGACGUUACUUGCAUUGGAAACUCAUUCUCAUAGCCCUUGUGUUUGUUACAUUUUUAUUUCUGAUGCAUAGGGAAGUAGUUGGGGACACUACACAAGAGCCAUGGUUGAAAGAAAUGGUUGUGAAAAAAGACAAAAUGCUGCACAUGAUGAUGGGAGCAGUGAACAAUUUAAAAGAUGCAAUUCCAAAAAUGCAGAUAGGAGCCCCUAUCAGAGAGCAAGCGUCUUCAGACCUGAAAAAAUCCUGUUUGCCUGGAUAUUAUACAGCAGCAGAAUUGAAACCCUUCAUGGAGCGGCCCCCUCAGGAUCCCAACGCCCCUGGAGUUGGAGGGAAAGCAUAUCUCACUGAUAACCUGUCUCCAGAGGAACAGAAAGAAAAAGAUAAAGGGAAUGAGAAACACUGCUUCAAUGUUUUUGCGAGCGACCGAAUUUCCUUACAUAGAGAUCUUGGACCUGACACACGGCCACCUGAAUGCAUUGAACAGAAGUUUAAGAGAUGCCCUUCCAUGCCCACCACAAGUGUAAUUAUAGUGUUCCACAAUGAAGCCUGGUCUACACUGCUCAGAACUGUUUUCAGUGUAAUGCAUACCUCGCCUGCUAUGUUUCUAAAAGAGAUAAUUCUGGUUGAUGAUGCAAGUACAGAUGAUUACUUAAAGGAAGAGUUAGAUAACUACGUGAAGCCAUUCCAAAUAGUUAAAGUGGUUCGUCAAUUGGAAAGGAAGGGGUUAAUUACAGCAAGAUUGCUUGGGGCCUCAGUGGCCACUGGGGAGGUUUUAACCUUCUUGGAUGCACAUUGUGAAUGUUUCAAUGGUUGGUUGGAGCCUUUGCUUAGCAGAAUAGCUGAGAAUUACACUGCUGUAGUGAGCCCAGAUAUCUCCAACAUUGAUCUCAAAACUUUUGAAGUUAUGAAGCCAAAUCCAUACGGACAAAAUCAUAAUAGGGGAAACUUUGAUUGGAGUCUGUCAUUUGGAUGGGAAGCUCUCCCUAAUCAUGAGAAGAAAAGGAGGAAAGAUGAAACUUAUCCCAUAAAGUCUCCAACAUUUGCUGGUGGGCUCUUUGCAAUCUCCAAGCAAUAUUUUGAACACAUAGGUGCCUAUGAUGAUCAGAUGGAAAUAUGGGGUGGUGAGAACAUCGAAAUGUCCUUCAGGGUAUGGCUAUGUGGUGGACAAUUAGAAAUACUGCCAUGUUCUGUCGUAGGUCAUGUCUUCCGUACCAAAAGCCCCCAUACUUUCCCCAGAGGUACUCAAGUCAUAGCCCGUAAUCUGGUACGGCUGGCUGAGGUAUGGAUGGAUGACUACAAACAGAUAUUUUACAGACGAAAUAAUCAGGCAAUGCAGAUGUUCGAAGAGAAAACUUUUGGAGACGUCACAGAAAGGCUUGAGUUAAAACAACGUUUGCAAUGUAAGAACUUCACUUGGUACCUGAACAAUGUUUAUCCAGAGAUAUUUAUACCUGAGCGGUCUCCUCAACAUUUUGGUGCUAUUAAAAACGAGGGCUCGCGAACCUGUCUGGACGCUGGGGAAAACAACGGAGGUGGAAAACAGCUAAUAAUGUAUACAUGCCAUGGUCUUGGAGGAAACCAGUGUCUGUAGAGCAGACUCAAUCGGGGCCAAACGGCUGAGUUUUUCUCCUAUAUCUUUUGGUCUUUAUGGUCUGUCGAUUGUUUGAUCGGUGCAUUGUUGUAUGACAUGGGUGAUAGUGGCCUCUCUCUGACCACGACUGCUCUUGGCAAAUUUUUCUACUGAAGUGGUUUGCCAUUGCCGCCGCCUUACAAGACAGGUGACCCCAGCCGUUAUUCAUACCCUUCAGAGAUUGUCUGCCUGGCAUCAGUGGUCGCAUAACCAGGACUUGUGAUCUGCACUAGAUGCUCAUACGAGCAUCCACCACCUGCUCCCAUGCUUUCACGUGACCUUGGUCAGAGGGGGUGGUGGGAGGCUAAACAGGAGCUACAGCUUGCCAAAGGGUGCCAUGCAGGUUAGCGGAAGGAAGGAGUGUGUUGCACCUCCUUUGGUAGAGACGUAUCUCCACCCCACCACCCAGACUGUAAGUGUAUGCUAGUGAAAUAGCCAAAUCUGAAAAUGUUACUAAUACUCAUUAAGCAGUAUCACAAUGGUGUUGUGCUUCAUUUCCUUUGUGCCAAAUAUUAUAGAGCAAAUUGUUAUUAAUUGUGUAAUUAAUCAAUCUUAGGCCAAGAGGAUUUCAAGGAGUAUCAUGUUAAUCUCCUCCAAAUACCAAUUUGAUUUUGAUUUUAGAUGGUGAUUGAAAAAUUAUGUUUCUACAUUU